UCAAGAGGGAAAUCUUCAGUGGAAAUGAAAGGGAUUUCAUUCAUCAACAGGCCAUCAGUCCCAAGUCGAAUAAGGCCACGGUUAUUGAAAUAACACUAACUGAGAGGAGUAAAAACAGGCAAAAAAGCCAGGUAAAUUGAUUGAAGUCUACAAACCAGGAAGAGUUUGUUUGUUCUGUUCCCAGAAAUGAUACAAUGUAUGACACGAUUAGCUUUGAAAUUGGCCACAAACGUUUACGUAAAAACGAACAAAAAGCAAAACAUAGUUUAGAUGUGAAUCAUCGUUAUUUCCUCCUCGGCACGUAGCCCGGUAGAUCUAUGUUGGAGCGCUAGUUACUGCAAGGAAAACAUCAAUCAUGUAAUUAAAACGAAAGGUGUGAAGCUGUUUGAGCAAAAGUAGUAGUGUCACCAUAGAAAUAAAAUCAGCUUCAUUUCCUCAUUCUGACAGUCUUGCCAAGGGGCCCAAGCUUACCGCACUGAAGCUUGGAGUCACGGUAGCCAAACAAAGCAAAGAUUCUGCUUUUUUUUACCGUAACUGCUGGCUUAUUCACCAUGACAGAAAGCAUUACAAACGCGUCUACAAAUUGCUCGUCGGCUGAUUUGUUGUCAACUGACGGAGCUUUCACGAAGUAUGACUUUCACCUUGAAGACCCAGUCCAAAGGAUCAUCAUCGGCUGUGUCUACACCCUGGUGGCCGUUGUAGGCUUCGGGGGAAACCUCCUGGUGAUCCUGGCGGUUAUCAUGUGUAGGAAACUCCAGACUCGCACCAACGCCUUCGUGGUUAACCUGGCCGUAGCCGACUUCUUGACGUGCAACACGGCACCAUUCACGGCGCUGGCACUGUUCAGCUUGAACGGAUGGCCUGAGGACGUGCCGCUGACUGUUUGCGCUGUCAUGGGUAGUCUUUUCUUCGUCGGUCUGGGAGGUAGCGUUAUGAACUUGGCUGCAAUCGCCAUAAACAGAUACGUUCUCAUAACCAAGACAAAAGCCACCUACUGCUCCAUCUACACCCCAAAGAAGAUGGCAGCUAUGCUGGCCUUCACGUGGCUAUACCCUGCUGUUUUAGUCUCUUUACCCUAUUUCGGGUUCGGCAAGUGGGGAUACUCCGAGAAAUACAAGACUUGCAUCAACCAGGAGGACUCCUUGAAGACUCAAGAUCUCUACAGCUUGGUGGCCUCUCUCGCCGGGUACCCAAUCCCUCUUAUCAUCUUGUUGGUGUGCUACAUCAAGAUCUACCUCCACAUCAGAGGCCACUUGAAGAACAUGAAGGCUAAGGGAAUGAGUAUCGAGAUGAUUUACCUGUCUAGCUCCAAGACUACAAUCCGACCGCAACCCCCAAAGAACCCCCAAUCCACCAGGUUUAGCAAACUACAGGUGGAGAUCACAAAGAAUUUGUUCUACGUGAUCUGUGCUUUCGUGGCAUGCCUGGCUCCUUACGCUAUCUCAAGCAUGAUCUCUUCUAGCGAUCCGGCAAUUCCCUGGACUGGAAUGAUGGUCAUCUUCAACAGCAGUGUCAACCCGAUCAUCUACGGGGCCAAACACCCACACUUCAAGGGGGUGCUUCGUCAGAUGUUGCGGUGCCGGUACCAUCAGAUCCCCGAACCUUCCAGCUGUCUGCGCAAGAUCAUAUCCCGAUAGAUGCAUACCCUGUCAAUAUCAGUUGAUUUACAAACUUUCGCUGAUCAGGUUUGUUGAUUUAGUUCGUUGUUCCCACGUCGUUACUUCUAGGGCAUCAUCAUUCCUCGGCCCUUUCCUUCUUUGCCAGGGGCGGAUCCAGAAUUUUCCAGGGGGGGGGGGUGAUCCUGGAUUUGCCAAAAGGGGGCUAUGAACUAAAUCAGUAACGGUAAAAUGCCCUCACGGCGUGAGGUAUCGUCCGGAGCCACUUUGUGUUAGGCGCUCUGUGGUGGAAUUUUCAGAAACCUCUUUAUACUUUUUUUAGAAUUUAUAUAUCUUGAUUAAAAGGGGGCGUGCGAGCUCCAUGCCCCCUGGAUCUGCCCCUGUUUGCUUAUUCUUGGCUGUCAGUUUCAACAUCUUUUUAGCCUCCUGUCAGUAGCUAACUUUAAGGGCAAUGCGUGUACAUAGAUUUCACACUGUAGUGAAUUCCUGAACAGCUUUAGCGUUGCAGUCCUGCCCUGGCUUUUUCAGAGGUCGGUUAAUCCCCCUCUUUGUUCAGACCUGCGGCUUUUAUAAUUGAAUUCACUGGACAGGGUAGGGCUCUUCAUUCCAGCAAAGUAAGUAUAAAAGCUUAAUGCAUGCAGAAUGCAACAUUCACUCCUUCGCUGUGCAGCCGAGCUUCCACAAGUCACUGGUCCACUACUUCAUCUAGCAGCCAUUUUUUUCUUAGUUCAACUUGUGUACAGAUGCGGGGAUAGGAUCUGAUUAGGCAGUGUUUUCUCCCUACGGUGACUGUUCCCGCGGA